UCCCCAGCUUCAUAAUCUGCUUCCUUCCCCUGUUUCAGUCUCAACAAAUAGAAGCACAGGUAUAUAGUCAUGGCAAGGCAACAAAGAUUCAGAGGAGUCAGACAGAGGCACUGGGGAUCUUGGGUCUCUGAAAUUCGGCACCCAUUACUGAAGACGAGGAUCUGGCUGGGGACAUUUGAGACUGCUGAAGAUGCAGCUAGAGCAUAUGAUGAAGCAGCUUGGUUGAUAUGUGGGCCUAGAGCCAAGACUAAUUUUCCAUAUGAUGCUUCCAACAACUCACAGGUUCUUUCAUCUAGCCUGAGAGCUAAGCUACAAAGAUGUUCUGCAGCUCUGCAACAACAGUCCAAACCAACAGCCAAGGAUGUACUGGAAUCAGAAGAGCAAAAGAGGGUGGAUGAUGAGUAUGUUGAAGAGAUGAUUGAAGAGCUUAUCUACUAUGGUUCAGUAGAGUUCUCCUCCUCCCCCUCUUCCUCCUCCUCCUCCUCCUUUUCUACCAGUUCUCCAAACCAAUCAUAUGACUAGGUCUUGAAUUCUAUGGUGAAGGACAGAACAAUAAAAUUUGUACUGUACAGAGAAAAAGAGGAAAGAAAAUGGGGUUUUCUGGGGAAUUUUUACUCUGAAUGUUUGAAAAUUUACUAUAUAAUAUUGGUGCUUGAUCUGUCUUAAGAAUAUCUUAAUACAUCGAUUGGUCAUUUGGGUGUACAAAAAAGACCAUUUUCUA